AGACCACGUGUCCGGGUUGAAAGUUGAAAGUCAAGUGACAGUGCUGCUGCUCCGGCAACCUCAGCAUGGCGUUACAAGUAGGACGCAGAGCCCUGCUUCAAGCAGUCCGCGUGCAGGCGGCGACCCGCUGCCUGGGGAGUGCGCGCGGCGGGGCAGCGGCUCUCUCCUGCUCGAGACGGUAUGUCGGUUUCGUUAAAGUCUCGUCUGUCUCUCGCCUUGACGGUCACGGAGCACGGCGCUACAGCUCGGACCCGAAGGAGGACCUGCGCGUCAGACACCUCGACGGGCAAGACGCCGGUAUUGUCGUUAUUGGUCUAAAUCGGCCAAAAGCAAAAAAUUCCAUAAGCAAAAAUCUGGUGAAUAUGAUGAUGGAAGCUGUGGAAGAUAUCAAGAAAAAUAACAAAGUGCGCAGUCUCAUUAUAUGCAGCUUGGUUCCAGGGAUCUUCUGUGCAGGUGCCGACCUGAAGGAGAGGGCCAAGAUGCAUCAGAGUGAAGUGGGACCGUUUGUGUCCAAAGCCAGAGCACUAAUCACAGAGCUUGGUAACCUACCCAUACCAACAAUUGCAGCUAUUGAUGGAGCUGCCUUAGGGGGAGGCUUGGAGAUAGCCCUAGCUUGUGACAUCAGAAUUGCCUCCAAUACUGCAAAAAUGGGACUUGUUGAGACCAAACUUGCAAUUAUUCCUGGAGCAGGUGGUACACAGCGUCUUCCCAGGGUGAUCGGUGCCUCUCUUGCUAAGGAGCUCAUCUUUGCUGCCCGGGUGGUCGAUGGAACAGAGGCGUGUCGCCUCGGUCUUGCCAAUCAUUCAGUGGAGCAGAAUAGUUGUGGAGAUGCUGCCUACCUGCGGGCCCUGGAGCUCGCUCGCGAGAUCAACCCUCAGGGUCCAAUUGCAAUAAGGAUGGCAAAACUGGCCAUCAACCAGGGGAUCGAGGUGGAUUUAUCUACAGGUCUGGCAAUAGAAGAAGCAUGUUAUGCCCAGGUGAUACCGACAAAAGAUCGAUUGGAGGGUUUGUCUGCCUUCAAGGAGAAGAGGCGUCCUCACUUCAAGGGAGAGUGAAGCCUCACUCCUUCCAGAAACCAAACCCAGGGUUCUGCCUUCAGCUCUCCUACUACUCCACUGCUUCCAAAAUAUGUAUGGGUGAAACCUGUCCAAUACCCAGAGGAUGUCUGUUUGAACGCAGGACAUUAGAGUCGCUCCCGGCUGGUGUUUUUGCCAGUGACUGGAAUGUUGAGGUGUAAAGCACUUGCUGGGUAUAACAACCAUCAGCAAGCAAACUAACCAAUCAUUGGCCACUGCUUAUGAUACCCAAAACUUACUUAACCAACUUCAAAUCUAAAACAUGACUUACUUCAAAUGGUUGUUAGUUACUAACCUCUUGACUAGUGAACCGAGAGCCAUAGGCAUUUCUGUGACUGCUUCACAUGAAUGAUUCAUGGCAUGGUUUAUUACUUUGGUAGCAAUGUACAAACUGAAUAACACCAGCGGUGUCUGCAUGAAAUACAAAAACAGACUAGGUUUUGCUCUUACUUGAACAAAUUCCACAGGAUAACAUUUUUAAUUUGAGACUUGUACACACCAAAUCAGACAGUGUGUCGACAUGCCAGUCUUCCCAUUCAUUUGACUGUAGUGCUGCGGCGUGGAAGUAUCGGAGAUGUUGAAGAGAUCAAAACCAAAUAAACCUUUUUGAGAAACGCAAUCCAACAUCACGCCGCGAUGGCCAAUCAGCCAUGAGGGAAGGAAAGGCGUCGCUUUGUGUUGAUAGGCCAUUAACAAGUGACACUUCAACACAACCCUACACUAAUGACCACAUCGCCUGAUUUGGUGUGAAUGCAGCCUCAGUGCAUGUUCACACUAAGGGACUUUCAAAGUGGACAGAUCGCUUCACUGUUCACAUGUUGCCGUCUUGUUUUCUGGAGUCUUGAAGUCUUGGUUUUCCCACUACAUGACGGACAGCUGACGGGUUCACUCUACAUGAUCUUUGAACAUGAGAAAUUCCUAAUGAGUACGUCUGAUCUCCAAACUUAUGUUUUGUCAUAAGUACACACGCAUGAAGUGUGUACUUGUGCAUGAUGAUGAUGAUGAUGAUGAUGCUGUUGGUACAAAUGUUCACAUAAUUGUAAUAAAAAAAGAAUUCUGUAUAUCUU